CUGUAGUGCUGUUAUAUCGCAAGUAAGAGAAGUAGUUGAUAUACUGUAUAAUCUCAUGUUAUAAUCUUGUGUAAUUCCUGGAUUACGACAUCGUGUUCAAAUGAAUUUGGCCCGUCAUCGCUUUACGUCUCAAAUACUAGAUGAUCGACAAUUUGCGCAGGAGCAUGCCCUGGACACCAGAUGACACUUCCAGGCUGAGCCUCUUGUAAAGAGGAAACGUAAACCAUCUUUUCCUGAAUAAUUCUAUGAAAAGAACCCAAAUCAAAAACUGUGUCCAAACCAAGAAAAUAACUCCAGCAUCAUCUCUUUUCAAACAUGUAUUUCAGAAUGCUUCACACUAACAAAAGCCUAAGGCCUCCAAACUCAAGAGAGCAUAUGACGGAAAUGCAUAGAUAUAAAGUACAGGAACAGAAGGGGUCACGAGAGAGGAAGACAGAGAAAACAUUACAUAUGGAAAAGACAAUGCAAGUAGAAGAGAGAGAACCAGGUGUUAAUGUGGAACAGCGAGAUGAGUUAGGAUGCGGGGAUGAGUUAGCACAGGGAAUUGAUUUAGAUUUUGUGCAGGGUUUGGAAGAAGGUGAGACAUUUAAGAUAUUUAAGGCUGAGGAAGAGUCAAUAGACCUUCUCUAUGAUUCAUGCAGUAAGAGAGAUGUGGACGAUAAUAUAGAGACCGAGCAGAUUGAAGUAGAGGACACUGGAACGAUAGCAUGGAGACUGACUAAAAACGGUGUAUCAACAUCACAUAAAAGGUCUAAUGAUGUUCAGUUGGCUUCUAAUGCAGUUUAUGGAUGCACUGCAUGCACAGACAGAUUCCUGUAUGAUGAAAUUUGCAUAAAUAAAACUUUCAUUGCAGCAUUUUUCCCAAAUGGUACAUUUCCAGGCAGAAUGUUUUCAAGUGAAGAAGACAUAGAUGGGAUGUUCCCUGAUAUCUGUGAUGCUGGUGAGGCAUUAGCCGACAAAGAUGGACUUUCCGAGUGUGACCUUUUUGAACAAACAGAACCUUUCCAAAUAACAGAAACAGAGGACAGCGUCAAUGGAGAUGUUAUGAUGCUUACUUUGGAGGAGGGAUUGAACGGCUCUUAUUUGUCUUCAACUUCCACUGAAGAAGAGGAUGAUGAAAUACAGUUAGAAAAAGAGCAAAUGGAUGAUAAAGGAAACCAUUAUUUAUCAGAUGACAGUGCAUCUCAGGAUCCUUCAGCUACUAUUAACUCUCCAGACUGUCCUUCAUGUAAGAGUGGAAGUGAAACUCUCCUUGAGUCCGAUCUGACUUCUUUUUCAAAUUCUUCUUCUUCCUCUCAGCCAUUUGGCUCUGAAAUGGUCUCAGAAGAUGAUGUAGCAGAUGCAAAUCACAACUACUGUAGCAAAUAUGUGGUUAAGCAUGAUGAAGCCAUACCUUCCACCUUAAAUAUUGCCAUCAAUGCCCUUUCACUCAUUCAGCAGCAACCUGAAAGCCAAGGCCGAAGUUUACAAAAAAAUCAAGAAGAAGAGAGUGUUGGGGAAGAACAAGAAGAAGAAGAAGGAGUUGCAAGUGACCACUUGAGUAGAUCUGAGGGAAGAGAACUCACAGUAGAUCAUGUGUAUGAAGAAGAGCCAAAAAUCCAAGCUAAAGACUUCCUUCAGAACAGGAAGUACUUGAUGACUCGCUCUAUAUCUGUGGAAAGGAAGAGAGUUGACCUAAUGAGUAGCCCUGAAACAGGAAAUAGGCGGCUUCUGCUACACCCAGGCUCCUUCUAUAUAGAUCAGUGUUUCAUUGGAGAUAGUAGACCUGCACUGACAGGCUCAUUAGGAUGUCUUUCACAAGGCACCUCAAAAUUAGCUAAUGUCACUCGAGUCGAUAUACCACCCCCUUUUGAACUUGCAUCCAUCACAAAACGACCAAUCAGAAAAAGCUCUCCAUCCCUCCCGAACGAAGUCUCCGCUUCUUGCAAGAAGCCUGAUUUUGGGUUCAAGCGAUACCUUCUGCCAUUACGAUUCCUUAGGAAAUCAGAUCGUAAAAGCGUGAUGGAUAAUCGCUCAAUCUCCUCCAGGUCCUCGUCUGAGUCAAGUCCGCAAGGGUCCUGCAAACGCUUGGACUUCAUCAGGCAUAACAUUGGCAACCCUGAUUUGCAGAGCACUCUAGAUUGCAAUCCAUCUAUGUCCCCUUCUUCCUUUGUAUUUCAAAAGAAUAGACAAAAACAGGGACUAAACUUCACCCUUAAUAAUGAUUUGGCUUCAAGCACCAUUUCUAUGGAACUAGGCUCCCUCUUUGAGCCCCAUCCCCUUUCCAAACCUCGAUCUUUUUCCUCUCCUAAUACAGACUCUUCAGAUUAUGAGAAUGUUCAAAAUGCCGUUUCUCACUAUGAGAAUGUGCAAAUUCGCCUCCUGAAUCCAGUCAUUCAGAGUCAACGAAAUCAGAGUUCUACGAGUGAUACUGAUGGUUAUGUGGAUAUGAGCAGUCUGCCAGGCUUCCAGGGCAAAAGUCAGCCAUCUGAGCAAGAAACCGAUAGCCUCUACACUUUCUGUUCUCCUAAUGUGAGACAAGAUGGAACAGUAGGUGUGUCUGUGGGUGUGGCUUGUACACAAGAGAAAAAGACCAAGGCAUCUGACAAACUGACUGUCAACUGUUCCAGGGCUUUCUAUAGUGCCAAAGAGCUUCUGGAUAGUGAGGCCCAGCAUGUUAAGACUUUACAACUUCUCUGUGAGUCAGUUGAAGAGGAUGAGAGGAUAAUGACAGUGUGGACAGAGCUACCUGAUAUUUAUACUCUCCACCAAAGCAUCCACACAUUACUGGAGACUCGCCUUAAAGAAUGGGUUCAGAAUGAAAGCAUUGCUGAAAUCAUCCUGGCAAAGAAGAAAGAGUUUUCCAUUUUCUCUUCUUACAUCAGUCAUUAUGAUGAAAAAUUGAAUUAUCUGGAACACAUACAAAGCACACUACCAGAUGCAGUGACCCUAAGAAAGCAGUUGCUGCAGGUCAUUGUGCGUAUCCUGCAGUACCGUAUGCUGCUAACAGAUUACCUGAACAACCUCUCACCAGACUCCAGAGAGUUUGAAAAAACACAAGAUGCUUUGGUUGUGGUCUCAGAUAUUGCGCAUCAUGUUAAUGACAGCCUUAAGGAUGGAGCGGAUCUCCUGCGUUUGGUCCUUAUUGAACACAGUGUUCUGGGUCUGACAGAUCUCCUACAGCCUGGAAGAGUGUUUGUGAAAGAGGGCACCUUGAUGAAAGUCAGCAGAAAGUGCAAGCAGCCACGUCACCUUUUCUUGAUGAAUGACAUAAUGCUGUACACAUAUCCUCAGCAAGAUGGCAAAUACAGACUCAUCAACAGAUUACCUUUGGCAGGGAUGGAGGUCAGCAAGCCACCUAUAGAGAAUGGUCAGACUGCACUGAAGAUAGACGUUAAAGAUAUAAGCAUCACUUUGUCUGCCAACUCGUGCAUCGAACGAGAUGGCUGGUUUGUUACACUGAAUCGGACAUUAGUGAAUCUUGGCCCCGUAUCAGGAGACCCAGUGGACUGUUUUGGGUUAGUGGGUGGUCCAGAGAUGUGUCUCGGCGAGAACGCUCCUCCUCUGCUGUCUGUUUCCCAGGUGACAGUUUGCAUGAACUGUCACUCGCAUUUCAGUCUUACAAACAGACGCCAUCACUGCCAUGCCUGCGGCAAGGUUGUUUGCAGAGAUUGUUGCAGGAACAAAUUCCCCCUCAAAUACAUGAAGAACAGACGUGCCAAAGUGUGUGAGCAUUGUUACAGUGAGCUUCGUAAGCAUGAUGCUGCCACACUAACAGAGAGCUGCAGUCGACCUCUCUCUUCUGUCUUCCAAAACAUUCAUCCAUCAAGUCUAUGGAAGAGCCGCAAAGGCCAACUGUCAUUCAACCAGGAGACAGUGUCCGAAGGGGUGAUGAGUGGAACGCUGCAGAGGUGCAGGAACAGCAAGAGAAGUUGGAGAAGCCUGUGGUUCCUCCUAAAAGAUAAAGUUCUCUACACAUACCCACAGCCUGAGGAGAGGGUUGCAUGCGAGACCCUCCCUCUGAUGGGUUUCUCUGUAAGGUCAGAGGUUGAAGGGAAGAGCAGCAUGUUUCAGCUGUACAACAAAAGCACUCUCUUCUAUACUUUCAGAGCCCAGGACAGUCACGUUGCACAAAGGUGGGUCAAUGCCAUGGAAGAGGCUACAGUCCUGUAGCAUCAGCUGUCCUGCUUUUGUCUUCUCAUAUGAGCAAUUAAAUCUGUUAUUGAUCAUUCAAGAGCAAUGCA